AUGCAAUCUACGAUUUUCUGGUUGAGCCUUCUCUGUAUUCUCUCAUUGGAUCCGCCUUUAGAUGAAAACGCCCGGCACCACUGGCUCAUGAUACUAGUUCUCAUAUACCUGGCAUUCCAAAUAGGGGGGCAAAUGAUCCCGGGCCCAAUGGUGCGGAUCAUUGAGUCCAUUGUGUGUGAAAGCUACUGGCGCCUCCAUGAUCCAAAUCAAUUCACGACUUCAGGACGUGUGCCGGAACAAUUCUGUAAGAUUUCAGAGAUACAAAUGGAGGUGACGACUGUGAAAGGCUAUUCUGAUUUCCUUGAGGGGCUUCUAAGCGCCCUCUGCGCGAUUCCAUAUGGAAUGCUAGCUGAUAGAUAUGGUCGGCGACAAGCAUUACGUCUCACCGUUCCCGGAUUCAUCCUUAACGCCAUUAUCACCAACUCUGUAUUGUGGUUUUCUGAUCUCUUCCCUCUUCGCACCAUAUGGCUGGCAGCACUGAGCUGGGCAAUUGGUGGAGGGCCAACGGUAGCAGUUGUAGCCAUAUGGACAAUGAUCGCAGAUCUGACUACCGGUUCAACCCGUACCACAGUAUUCUUUCAGGUCGGGGUUGCGAGUAUGACUGCUGAAUUUAUCGCGAGAGUUAUUGGGUCUGGUCUCAUGACUCUAAAUCCUUGGAUAUCGUUGAUGCUCGGCUGUGGCAUCGUUGUGAUAGGACUUACCUUUGCGCUCUCGCUGCCAGAAACAAUGAACAAUACCCGGCGCAUAGCUCCCUUAAGAGCGGCAGACACAGCAGCAUUCGAUGAGCUCCACCCCAUUCUGGAUAGAGAGUCAAUUGAUAUAUCUGAGCGAUCUCAGCCUAAAAUAUCAAGGCACUGUUCCAUUGCGGCGAAGGCGCGAGCGAUAAUCAGUCCGUACGGGUUUCUCUCAAAUCACACCAUACUGAUGGCCUUGUUGGCAUGCACAACCUAUCAAUUCGCUAACGGUUCAUCAUGGCUCCUGGCACAGUAUAUAUCAUCGCGACUUGGCUGGUCUCUAGCCGGAAGCAAUCUUCUCGUAUCUUCCCAAGCCGCCAUUAGCAUUGUUCUAUUCCUCUUUAUUCUCCCUUGCCUCUCAACAAAAGUACUCUUCGUUUUCUCUCCGCUUCAGAAGGACCUCUACCUGGCGCAAGCAAGCAGUGCAUGCCUCAUAGUCGGAACACUGGGGAUCAGUCUGUCGUCGCACAUAUCUAUUCUGGCUCCCAGCUUAGCUUUCCAAGCGGUAGGGGCAGGUUUCCCGUAUCUAAUAAAGUCUGUGGUUACUGCGCUGGUGAAGCAGGAAGAGACAGCAAGAUUAUACUCGGUUGUGGAGCUGUUGCAAUCAGUGGCAACCAUGUUAUCCAGCCUGUGUUUGACAAGCUUAUUUACGGCUGGGCUGCACCUGGGUGGAGUAUGGGUUGGCCUGGCCUGGCUGAUCUCAGGGUCAUUGUUCGCCAUCGUGGAAGUAGUGCUAUGGAUGCUUUGA